UGACGUCGUUUUCACGAGAUUUAAACACCGACGGACAAUAUGCCCGUCCUUUCUCUUUGUUUAAUACGUGAACAUUAGUUUUAUAACAACAGUGUAUAUUUUCUGUUCUGGGUUGAUAACAGUGCUCUAUCCGGACUUCUCCCCCCAGUGGAAGGUGGAGAUGACCUGAUGUUAUCUGUGGGUGAAUCCCUCUUGAGGCGUCGAUCUGCGCGUCUGCAGAGACAUGUGUGAUCCGGAGCAGAAGGACCUGUAUGCUGUGCUGGGCGGCAGCCCGUCGGACUCCCUGCAGCAGCUCAGACACAGAUACCAGCAGCUGGCUCUGAAGUACCAUCCAGACCGUCUUGGAGGUGAAAACUCUGCAGAGUCGAGUGUGAAAACUUUUCUUGAAGUUGAUGCAGCCUGGAAGAUUCUUGGUGACCAAACCACAAGAAGAGAAUAUGACCUGCAGAGGCGAGCACAGGAACUGAAACAGGACUGGACAGUAGAUUCUACCGUCGACCUGGAGGACAUGACAUGGGAGACAGAUGGGUGUGAAUGCAGCUACAGCUGCCGCUGUGGAGGAACAUUCAGCGUCUCAAAGGAGGAGGUGCAGGAGGAGACACAGAGGAGGCUUCAGGAGCUUAAUGAGCAGGAAAUGCACCGAGGAGCGCAGAGCGGCGUGCUCGUCUGCUGCGAUACCUGCUCACUCACUAUUUAUGUCACUUGGUCUCUAAAUAAAAAGAUGCAUAUGUCAAAAUAAAUGUUAUUUUUUAAAUGCAGAGUAUGCAGAGUCCUAAUUAAAUGGUUACCUUGUUCCUGAGUAUAACAACUUGCACUGUUGUUGUGAGGAUACACCUUUCCUACCUGUCAACACAAAGGUGAAAUAUCUUCUACUGCUGUGAGGGUUUCAGUCGUAGUUAACUUCUACCAGGGGUUUUAGUAAUGUUAUCAGCAGCAGUCAGACAUUCAGCAGCAGUUAGGAACCCCACAGGAGUCUACCUGUGACCUGCUGCUCCCUCCGAGGCGCCUGCUACAUGUACGGACUUGCCGUUAGCAGCCAUGAUGCUACUUAGUAAACCUAACGCUCAGCAGACAGACGCACAAAAUAAACCAAAGACUGACAGAGGUUUGUAAAUAAGCUCGUGUCUGCCUUCACAUUUAAGAUAGCACUUUUUAUUUUUUUACUCUAUUUUACGUUAGAGUACAAAAUAUGUUUUGCGGUACAUUAUAUAAAUGAAAACAGAACACAAAAUCGAGAAAGAAACAGGAAAUAUUGUGUUUUAAUGAAUGAAUAUUACUGUGUGUGUAUGAGCAAUAAUGGUGAUAUGAAUGACUAUUGUUAUGUGGAGCAAUUAAACAAGUAAUGCAAAUAUUCAUAAAUCAAUAAAUUAUGAGAAGCAGGUAAACAUAAACACACGAUGGAUCAAUUAAUAGUUUAAUUAUUUCUAACUGGAGUUUGUCACAUUGAAUACAGGAACUACAUGGGAUGAGACUGGAAGAUGCAUAAAGAAAAAAGAAAAAAGAAGAGAAGGGCAAAAACAGGAAGAAUACAUGUAGUAAACCCCCCAAAUGAAAAAUUUUGGCUUUACUGAUGAACAGCCUUAAUCUGGGGUUAUUUACAAAACAUAAAUUAUGUUAUUUAUAAUAUAAGAGAGGAUCACAUAAAAUCUAUUACAUAAAUGCUAUAUUCUAUUGAAAUGUGUUCAUUGAAUAAAUUUUUCCAAUGUGUCAGACUG